CUGAUCGAGAGAAACGAAAAUGGAUAGAUAUGUAGCUCGAGGCUACCAGCUAGAAAUGCUGGAGCAGAGCUUGAAGGAGAAUAUAAUCCUGGUGGUAUGUCGCAUUCACAACCAGCCAUACUGCAGAUUCACCCCGCUAACCAAGCAGAUGGACACUGGGAGCGGGAAAACACACGUGUAAGCCAAAAUCCAACACUAUGUCUCUAGAAAGAAAAAAUCUCAGAAAUGACCAUAUAAAAUAGGGCAAGUAUGCGAAUAACAGCCGAACUGGCGCGGUGCAGUUCGGAAAAGAUAGUCUGGUUCCUGGCGCCCACCGUAGCG